UUUAAUCUGGGAGAGAGGGAGAGAGGGAGAGAGAGAAUCCUCCAAUCUCUAAUUCCCACCGUCUCUCGAAUUUUGACUGAAAAGUCCAGCUUCUGUGUUUCCGGAUCGAUCUCUAACCGUUCUUCGAUCUCCUUCGAUCUUUCUGGCGCCUCAAAUCGCGCUCUGAAACUUCCCUUGAUGCCAUCCGAUCGGUUUUCGCCUUUUCUGUUUUCCCAGAGAGUGUUUUAGGGCUCUUGAGUUUCAGUUAAUGGGUUUUAGAACCAUGGUUUCUCCGGACAGAGGUCAAGCACCUCAUAUCCCAUCUUUGGCGAGGCAAGGUUCUCUUUAUAAUCUCACCCUCGACGAGCUCCAAAACCAGCUCGGAGAUUUAGGGAAGCCCUUGAACAACAUGAAUUUAGAUGAGCUGUUGAAGAGCGUGAUCGCAGCAGAGGAAAAUCAGCUGUUGCAGGCUUCACAAAUCGGCAGCAGUAACGCGGAUGCUUCUUCAUCCUCGGCUUCUUUAGUUCCUGGGAAUUCGGAUUUCAACCAAUCACUCAAUCAGAAGACUCUAGAUGAGGUGUGGAAAGACAUUGUCCAGAAUGAUCAAGAAAAUGUGGGUGGGGAUGGGCCAGUACAGAGGCAGCCAACCCUUGGAGAAAUGACACUAGAGGAUUUCUUGGUGCGUGCUGGUGCGAUUAAUUUGGGGAAUCAGAAUAUGGCCACAGUUAAUACACAGCCAUUGAUGUCAAUUGAACCGACAAUUGCAACCACGCAGAGGGCGGAUUGGUUGCAUUACCAGAUGGUUCAGCAGCAACAGAUGGCAGUAUUGGGUUUGAGUUUGCCCGUUCCUGCCCCAGUGUUUGGGAAAUCGGGUGUGGAUGUUGGAUAUGGUGAGAACCAACUGGCACUUACUACGACAAUGCCGAUGGUGGGAGCCACCUCAUCAGACUUGCAGGCAGUGGCGGAGAGGAAGAGGAAGUUUCCAGAAGAGAUGUUGGAGAAAAGUAUUGAGAGGAGACAGAAAAGGAUGAUCAAGAAUCGGGAGUCAGCAGCUCGUUCAAGGGCCAGGAAGCAGGCUUAUACCAACCAGUUGGAGACUGAAGUUUCAAAUUUGAGAAAAAAGAAUACGUUGCUCAAGAAACAAACGGAGUUCAAUACGCUUUUACCUUCGAAUCAAACUCAAGAGCCAACAUACCAACUCAGGCGUACUAGCUCUGCACCAUUUUGAAGUGUGUCAGUAGAAUCCAUACAUUUUGAUUAUGCGGGCACAUUGGUUUUUAUGAGAGGCUUUUUGUACAUGAUUUUUGAGCUGAAAGGUUGGGUUGAGCACCAUUCUAUGAUAAAGAGGAAGGUACCUAUUCCGAGAACUCCAUGCUGUGGUUUUCACAAAAGGAAAAAAAAGAAAGAAAAAAGAAAAAAGAAAAAAAGAAAGAAAUUCUUUUCUUUAGUUGUAUAUAGAUUUUUUCUCAUUUCUUGGUUAUGCUGAAAAGAAGUAUUACCAAACUAUUGAAGCUUGUGAAUAUUUGU